GAUCCUUGCGCCUUUGCAAGUUGACACAGCGUCAAGCCCUGCCAUCCAACCCUUCGUGCUCUUCUUUCAUUGUUUGACAAUGGGCUUCCCUUGACCACAGAUCGCGUUUUCUUUUCCAGCUCAACGCUCAAGCUUACCUCCCUGCGUCUAUUGUUUCCAGUGAGCAUUGUCUGAGGCGCAUUGGUGGUCAGCAUACACCAUAAGGGCCCUGUUGCUGCGCCCGCCUGAUCAUCCUCCCUCUAUCCUGCUCACCCACCCAUCCCUUCGCUGAAUCCACCUCCCGCCAGCGCUUCAUCCUCCAUCUACGAGAGACACCGUCUUUGGCACUUGAGAAUCCAUCAUCUACAUCUCUUACCUACUCACAACCUCAUCACCAGUCCCCAUCCUAUUUAGUCAACUUGCGCAACACGAAGACGUGCGUCAGGUUGGCGAUCCGGGUGUGACCCAUCUUACGUCCUUCUAGAAGCCCUGCCAUCCCCAGAACACCGGCUACUGACGCCCAAACCCACCGUUGGAUAUCUGUCUCGACUUUCCUUCAUCCUGACGGCGUCACGGCGCCUGUAGCCUCAUAAUGGCGACCGGAGGCGCAGGCACCGCCAGCUCGCCGCGAACCAUCAUUCAACCUCCUCAGCGUAACACACCUGCUCCUUCCCCCUUAGCUGCUGUUUCUCCUCCGUCCAAAAGAGAAGAGUUGGCAUCUUGGUGGAAAAAGUUCAGAAAGAAUACCGAAAAGCCAGAAGAAAAAGUUGAAAUUCAACCUAGUGGUAUAUUUGGCGUACCCCUGGCCGAGAGCAUCAGGUAUGCCAACGUCGCCAUCUCCUUGCAGAACGAUGAAGGCCAGAGUUUCAUUUACGGAUACGUGCCCAUUGUUGUUGCAAAAUGCGGCGUCUUCUUGAAAGAGAAAGCAACCGACGUGGAAGGUAUCUUUCGACUGAGUGGCUCUGCAAAACGGAUCAAGGAUUUGCAGACCAUUUUCAAUUCCCCCGACCGUUUCGGAAAAGGUCUAGAUUGGACAGGCUACACUGUUCAUGAUGCGGCCAAUAUCCUUCGCAGAUACCUCAAUCAGCUACCCGAACCCAUCGUACCUCUCGAUUUCUACGAUCGAUUUCGUGAUCCCCUACGUCGCGCACAGCGGCCAGCGCAGACUGAUGGCGAGGCGCAGCCCAUUGACCUUAGUGUCGAUGAGCACGCGACAGCAGUGUCGGCAUACAAAAAGCUCAUCACAGAACUCCCACCUUUGAACCGCCAACUUCUUCUCUAUAUUCUCGAUCUACUCGCCGUCUUCGCGUCCAAGUCCGAUCUGAAUAGGAUGACAGCAGCAAAUCUAGCGGCAAUCUUUCAGCCAGGUAUCUUAUCACACCCCAUACACGAUAUGGCACCCAAGGAAUACAGACUUAGCCAAGAUGUUUUGAUAUUCUUGAUUGAGAAUCAGGACAACUUUCUGAUCGGCAUGUCCGGCACUGCUGUUGAUGAAAAGACUCAGAAGGACGUCGAGAGUGGCCCGCCUUCACUAAAGUCACCAAUACCUGUGGUGCGAUCGACUUCCAACGCAAGUGCUGGCGCCGACAGUUUGCGAAAGUUUGGGGUCAGACGCAAUGUCUCUGUCUCCUCUCGUGGCUCUCGAGGUGGUGGCAGUCCUGGAGUUUCCAUUCCUGGAACGCCAUCAGGCCUCGCCACUUUUCCCGAUGGCACUACAGGCGCAAAGAUCUCUCGGAGUAACACGGUCCCUUCCAAAAGAUCUCCAGCAAUCACUUCAGCUCGCUUCCAGCGCUUGAACGAACCGUCAGGUUCGCCAUCCCCGGCCGCAUCUUCUCCUGGGGCCAGGUCUACGACUCCCUUCGCAGCUGGCGACGGCGCAGAUUCGAAAUCCUCUAGGUCCAACUCUAUCGUUCCAGAAGAAGCAGCGAAUAUUCAACCUUUGGCUCAGGCGACAGAAUCUUUGCCAGCUGCUACACCUGAUCAAGUGCAACCACCACCAUCACAAGCUUCAGGGCAUCGGCAUCAAGUUCAAAGUGAUACGGAACCCACGUCUGUGGGGAAGAGUACAUCCUCAUCCACUCCAUUCCCUCAAAUCGUGCAGUCGUCACAACCUCCGACAACAACAACACCCGGCACCACUCGCGAAAGAAAGAUAUCGAAUUUGUUUCCAAAGUCACCAAUCUUUGGACCCUCAGAUGCCCAGAAAGCCCAGCCACGGAAGCUCCAAAAGAAGCAAAAGCUUCCUGGCGCUGUCAAUGAUAGCGCGCAGAGCUCGGUGAACUCUCUCAAUGUCGACGAACCGAGCAACUUUUAUACCCCAAUGAUAUCUCCUGACAUCAGUAGCACUACCAGACUCGAUCCCAUUGCCAGUCAGCAAGGGCCGCAGUUGACGAAUACUGCAGCCACGCCAGUCACCGAGACGCCAACGAUCAAGUCUCUUGGGAACCUGACAUCAGCUAGCGAGGGUCAGAAUCAACCAGGCGGAUUAAAGCCUCCAAAGUCUCCGCCUACAUCGACCAAGUCCAGAUCAUCGUUCACCGAUCAUUCUGAAGUAGAACCACAGGACGAGAGCAAAUCUGAUGAGAAGGACAAACGGCGUCAUCGCUGGAGGUUUUCGUCAUCUGCUAAGAAAGGGGAUAAUUCGCCUCUUGUCCCGCCUCCACCGAUUGGUCAAAACCCAGCAGCUCGUGGGAGCAACACUUCAUUUGGAAGUGCUCACCGACCAAGAAAAAGUUUCACGGGAGACUCUCAACAGACGCAGUCUGCAUCGCUUUACGGAGAAUCGGCAACAGGCCAGCCGUUUCUGGCAGGGCAGUCUAGCAAUGAAUCGGGCGACGCACAGAGAGACCCAAAUGCAGAUACGGAGAAGAAAGGUUUAUUUGGGAAAUGGAAAGCCAAGAUGUCGCAGACAAAAGAGGAAAGGCAAGCAGAAAAGGAUCGAGCGAAGAGUCCGCCGCGGCUUGAGCAAGGGGCUUCGCGCAGCAGUCUGUCUGCUUUUGCGCAAGAGCAUCUGGCUCCCCGGGGCAGGUCGUUUGAUGGGACUAGGGAAGAGCAAUCAACACGUCUACCUGAGCGAGCUGCCGGGCCAGAAGCGCAGGAAGAGGAGAAGAAGUCGUCAUUGGAAAUGCGACGUGGAGGAGAAGGACAACCAUCGUGACAAGGCUUUGCCGAAAACGAGCGAGCCGAUCGUUGGAUGGGAAUAAAUGAGUGUCGUCGGCGAGCGAUCACUUGUCUAGGAUAAGGAAGACACUACCCUUGGUAUUGGGAGUUUAAUGACCUCGCAGCUGUAGUGUUGGCAGAGAGUCUCGUAAUAAUUUGAUCGAAGUAUGAAUAA